AUGCUCUCGACAGCGCUCUUCCUCCUCGCCGGCUUGGCGCGGUUCACUCAGGCAGUGGAUCCAAUCGUUAUCAAAGAUGGCGGCUUCUUCGGUGGCGAUAAACAAUUCUUCAUGGUCGGUGUCGGGUACCAACCCGGUGGACCCGUUGAACUCGACAAGGGUAUCGAUCCCUUCUCUACUAUUUCCGACUGUCAGCGUGACGUCUACCUCCUCCAACAGCUAGGUAUUAAUACUAUCCGUACCUAUGCCGUCAACACUACCCUCAACCACGAUGAGUGUAUGUCGCUCUUCGCCGCCGCCGGUAUCUACGUCGUUCUCGAUGUCAAUGCUCCUGGCUGGAGGUACUCCAUUAAUCGUGAAGAGCCAUGGACAUCCUACCACGGGGGAUACAUGGCAAACGUUUUCUCUGUCAUGGAGCAAUUUUCGGCAUACCCAAACGUUCUUGGUUUCUUCUCUGGUAACGAACUUGCAAACGAGCCCAAGAACGCCAAUGCUACCGCUCCAUACAUGCGUGCUAUUCAGCGUGAUAUGAGACAAUACCAGAAGGCCCAGAAACUUCGCGAAGUCCCAAUCGGUUAUUCGACUGCCGAUGUUGUAGAAUUCCGUCAAGACCUUGGAUUUUAUCUCAGCUGUAUCGGAGAGGAUGAGGGCCACAGCGAUUUCUAUGGUAUCAACAGCUACGAGUGGUGUGGUGAUACUACCUUCCAGAGGAGUGGAUACGAAAAGUUGACCAACUUGAUGGAGGAAGUUCAAAUGCCCAACUUCUUCUCUGAGUACGGAUGUAACGAAGUUCUUCCUCGUACCUUCGGUGAUGCCAACGCCAUUUACUCUGCCGAUAUGAACCAUGUAUUCUCUGGCGGUAUUGUUUACGAAUAUAACCAGGAGGAGAACAACUACGGCCUCGUUGACGUCAACAUCAAGACUGGUAACGCAAAGAUCCUUCCUGACUACAACACCCUCCGCGAGGUCUACUCUAAAGUCGAACUGCCGACCGGUGAAACCGCCCGUAAAAUCAACCGACCAAAAUGCUCCACGGUCUUCCCAAAUAUCAAGGCAUUUGACGCUCGUGCCGCUAUCCCACAGCUGAAGGAGAUCAGCGCUUUGAUCAAGAAUGGUGUCAAGGUUACACCAGGCAAGCUCGUUGACGUCGAUUUGGAUCUUUCUAGCCACAAGUGGACUAUCACAGAUGUUGAGGGAAAUACUGUUCAAAACCCCACCAUCCAGCGAGUUAACACCUGGAACCAAGUCCCCAGCAAAUCCCAGACUACUGGAGGCAGCGAAAGCAAAGAGAGCAAGAAUGCCGCACCGGGAUUGAAGGUUGGUGGAAACGGAUUUGCAGUCUUGGCCAUGGCUGGAUUGACAACUCUCGGAUUCAUGGCUGGCGGACUUUUAGUUAUCUAA